AUGAAGCUGUACAACAAGAGUGUAAAUUGUGAUAACAUUAACAAAAACUUGUUAAAUAUUAGGUACGCAGUGCGCGGACCCAUUUUGGAACGAGCCUCGCAAAUUGAGAGGGAGUUACAAAAGGGCAUCGAGAAGCCGUUCGACAGCGUGGUGCGUGCCAACAUUGGAGACUGCCAUGCCUUGGGACAGAAGCCGAUCACCUUCAUCAGGCAGGUGGUGGCGCUGGCGGCCUGUCCUCAACUGAUGACAUGUCCAGACAUCCCGGCAGACGCGAAGGAGCGGGCCGCAGAGAUCCUGGCAGACUGCACGCGAGGAUCUGUGGGAGCAUAUUCACCAUCAGCAGGUCUGUCCUUAGUGCGAGGUCGGGUGGCGGAGUACCUCACAGCUCGGGACGGAGUGCCAGCCUCCCCCGACGAUGUGCUCCUCGGGUCGGGCGCGUCGGAUCUCAUCAAGAGCGUGCUCUCAAUGUUUGUGCACGAGAAAGAUGGGAAGCCUUCAGCGGUGAUGAUCCCAAUUCCCCAGUACCCUCUGUUCUCUGGUACCCUGUCCGAGCUGGGCCUUCAGCAGGCGGACUACUACCUCGACGAGGAGAACCAGUGGGCGCUACAGCCUCGCGAGCUGCAGAGGAGCUGGACGGUAGCCAGUGAGACUGCGCAUGUCCGCGCCCUGGUUGUCAUCAACCCAGGGAAUCCAACAGGACAGGUACUAGACCGACAGAACAUAGAAGAAGUGAUCAGAUUCGCUUACGAGCACAGCUUGUUCCUAAUCGCAGACGAGGUCUACCAGGAGAACAUAGUCAGCAAGCCGUUCUACUCCUUCAAAAAGGUGAUGUUUGAGAUGGGUGCCCCGUACUCCCAAAUGGAGUUGGCGAGCUUCGCGACCUGCUCGAAGGGCUGGGCGGCGGAGUGCGGGCUGCGGGCCGCCUUCGUAGAGCUGGUAGGGCUGCGGCCCGAAGCGCUGGCGGCGUUGAGAGCCUCUCGCGCGGUCAUGCAGUGCCCCACCGUGCUGGGGCAGUGUGUUCUUGACUGCGUUAUGAGUCCCCCAGCCCCAGGGUCAGCGUCCUACGAGCAGUUCAAUAUAGAACGCUCAGCCAUACAUCGUACUUUGUGCGAGAGGACCUCCGCUGCUUACCAAGUUUUCAACACCAUUCCUGGAUAUUCCUGCAAUCCCAUCGAUGGUUCGAUGUUCGCGUAUCCCCGCUUCGAUGUCCCGGCGCGUGCUCAGCGAGCUGCCCUUGACUCGGGUGUCUCACCAGAUGAGUUCUACUGCAUGCAACUCCUCGAACAAACUGGAGUUUGCGUAGUCCCCGGUACGGGGUUCGGCCAGCUGCCGGGAACCUUCCACUUCCGGACCACGAUCCUGCACCCGGCCGACGAGUUCCAACACAUGCUGCACUCCAUCGCGAAGUUCCAUCAGCAGUUCCUUGAACAGUACUCAUGA